UUUUUAUAAAUAAAUCUUUUAUUGCACAUUUCUCUGCUGUUUUUACAACUUACACGACUCACAGCAUUCAGUCGGGUAUCCCUGUAGAUUAGUUACUGUUUAACCAGGGAGAUUAUACAGUAAAAUUUAUAUCUAUUAAUUAUGGUUAGUUAUACAAUGAAUACAUUGAUUUUAACAAUUUGUUUUUGAAGUCUUUAUUAUAUCAGAGACGUCUCUGAUUAUAUUAAGUAAUUACGGAAGUUGUACUAUCUAUUGUCCGAUAUUGUUUAUAGUUUAAUCGUUGACCUUAACCUUGAUCAAAAUAUUUCACGUGAAAGUUGAGAUGAUCGGAUGAUUAAAGAAUACCACGGCAUGGGUAUAAUUUGAUGAUGAGAGCAGAAGGAUCUUAUCUAAGUAUUUCUAAUGAUGAUCUUUGUUUGCAGUAAGUAAGAGUUGCGGUUCUUACCUCUGAUUUAAACAUAUCCCACAGUGUUUUUAAAUUUUUGGAUCCAGUCAGUUUAUAACAUGGCACAGGUCACUGCAUGGUCAGUUAUUAUUUUUAUAAUCAGUUCAAUAAUAUAUGCAAGAGGACAAAAAAUACCAGUUAGUGUCUUCUUUGAGGGAAGAAAAAGUGGAAAUACAGUUAUAUUCAACUGCAGCAUCGGAAUGGCUCCUCCGUCUACAACUAUUCAGUUUUUAGUUGAUUCCGUAUCAGCAAACGAUAUUCGUCUGUACGAUGGAAAGUGUUACUUAACCCACACAGGUAGUCCUUGCAAUAUACAUCAAUGUCAAUGUUCUCCUGAUGGGAAACGUUAUUAUUGGAUCUACAACGAACCGAAAGAAAAAUUUACCGCCACCUGCAAAGCCAAAUUUCAUAAAUACUGCAGUGCAUAUGCGAAUAUUCAAUUCACAGCAUCCGAUUUGACACCUCAUGGACACAGAACAACGACCUGCACUACAAGCAAUGCAAAGCACUACGUCAGAGGUAAAACUUCAACUCUCUUGACUUGCAUAGUGAUAUUAAUAACAAUGAUGAUUGGAUGACUAAAAGUGAUGUUAGCGCAUGGAGUAUUGAUUACAAUGUAUCUGGUUAUACAAUACAGAACACAUGGAUUCAUGACUAAUUUGGUCUAGGUUGCAGUGUGUUACUUACAAAAUUUUGUUAAUUUUAUCAUUAUAAAAUUUUGUCACUUUUAUCAUUACUUUAUUAUAUAUCUUUUUUUUCUACAUUCAAUUUGUAUUAAACCUUAUUUUAUAACAAUCAUACUAAUACAUUAUUAACCAGUUAUUUUGUUAUUUUAUUUAGUUAAAAUAUCAUGUUGUGGUGUAUACUUUGUUUUGUAAUUACGAUGAUUAUUUUGCUCAGUAAUGGGCGCCAUGAUUGGCACAAUAGUAUAUCUUGUAUCUUGUAUUGAUGUGGUCAUUAUACUAACCUGACCAGGCAAAAUAUAAAUUUAUCUACCAAAAUUCUGGAUCAUUAUAGAGAAGGAUGCAUUGUUCGUGAUUCGUUUGAAAGAUUCGAACAACAAUUCUAUUAAAGUUUUUAUCAUUUCAAAAUUAUCAAAUCUGUUAUCGCUUUUAUUUGGUAUUUUGCGAUAUUACUAGUUUUCCAAAUAACACAUUUAUUUUGUUAUUAGAAGCACUGUAUUUAUAAUUAGAAAACGCAUAUCAUAAUCAUUUGGAUGUUUGUCAAGUUUGAUUCUCAAUUUUGUACAAAAUUCGCAUGUUUUCUCAAAAAUGUCACGCCAGACUCCUUCCAACAUUUUACUGUGAACAAAAAGACGAUCGUGCGAAACACUGAUGUUUUUUCAUUACAAAAGAGAACAUCUCCGUUUGAAAGAUUUAUCUAUUGUACUCUUUCUUCUUUGUAAAUCAUGUUACAUGUAUGCAGUAGUUUUCAUUGAAGUUAUUUUGCUUUUCUGUUCGCGAAAUUCUUAUUUGAUUUGUCCCAAAUACAUCCAAUGGUAGUUUUACCCAAAAUGUAAAUCCCACAUAAUCUGGCUAUUAUUUUCAUAAAAGUACUGAAUAUAUUUAAGGCACAACUCCUUAUUUUCAACUUGAUAUGAAUUGAUACCUUGGUCCAUCAGAUUACCUUGAACGAAAUUGUCGAUGUGUAAAUAACAAUUGGGGUUAAUGAAGCAUUAAUUCAGGUUUAAAGUGGUAUCAAGUUGCUUUUCAUACCUUUUUUUCCACGAAACCUAUACUUUUCAUACGAAAUGAUUUUUAAGAUUUGCCUCUCGUACACAACAAAUUAAAUUAUUUUAGCCUGUUUCAAAAUUCACUGAAAGAAAAUUUCAGUUUUUUUCUCCCUUCUAAGUCAGUAACUUUUUUUUUAAUUCAUUGGUGUAAAAGUAAAUUUGUGGAAUGAAUAUGCUUAUUUAAAUUGUUAAACUUGUGUUUCAUCAUUUUGUUAUGCAAUAUUUCUAAAAUAAAAUUGUUCAUAUCUAAAA